GAGAGAAAGGGAGGGAGGGGAGCUGGUAAAGCUACGGAUAUUCAUGAAAACAGCAAGUGUGUGUGUGUUUUUUUCUUUCCCCCUCUAGCCGUGGCGAUACACCGCUAUGUCUACAGAAAAACAGAGGGAGCAGGGGAGAGAAGGAGAAGGCGACAAGUGAAAGCAAGAGGAGGCGCAGCCCAUCUUGCUGUUGAUCUUCAGGCGAUCAAGGAAGAUUUUUUCCAGGAUUGACUCUGGCAGAUCAAACCAGGAUGUUUGGACUUCUCAGACGAGGUCAUGCUUGACACGUCUUCCUAAGCAGGAUUUGGAUCCAGACCAUGACCAGUCAUAUUGUGGAUGAUUGACCUGAGAAAGGAGAGGACCAAAUUUCUCUGUAAUCUCUUUGGAGUUUGGAUUCUUAAUUGUUGGGAAAUUGCCUUCAUGUGGAAUCAGGUUAACAACUGGGGAACAUCAUGCAGACAACUCUCAGAGCUGGAUAGACGUUUUAGAGAAAGGGGUUUCCUUUGGCAACGGCAUCAUGAACCCUGACUGAGAUGUUCAUUGGCUCAUCUGGCCAAAGCAAGACAACAUGGAGUGACUUUUUUUCUUUCUUCUGCCUUUGACUUUGGAAAACAGACAGAUCCAAACAAAGGUCAGCGGCCUCGGUCUGAACCUGCAGCCUUUGAGGGCUGCGUAAAUGCUCCUUUACUGUUCUCCACCACGCUUUACUUCAACCACCUGAAGACUGAGGUGCAGAGGGAGCGCGAGUGAGGCGGUUGGCUGGCCGAAUCCGCUCCAAUGGGGGCCGGUUGUGACCCGGUCUGACCCCGGUUUGACCUUGCAGUGACCUCUGACCUCUCCGGUCCUGGCUCUCCACCUGCUCUGCUGCCUGGGUUCCGGAACGCUCCGCCCUGGGGCCCAGAACGAGCCAAUCAGAAUGAAGAAGAGCCGCAGCGUGCUGUCGGUGACUGGAGAAGAGGGAAAUGACACAGAUAUAACAGGUGCUGGGGAGAAGGCGGAGUCAUCUCGCUACAGCCGAUCGUAUACGUCCGGGUCCACGCUGGGGGCUGAGUUACGCAGAGGGAGGAGCAGAAGACUCUCGCCAAGUCUCCAGGUACCUUGCUGGCUGCGACCUCGAGAUCGCACCCGGUCACCAGAAGUCCUGGGCAACGCGUCACGUCCCACAACUCUUCCCCUUCGUAUCCCGCCUCGCAUCUCCAUCACACAAGCAGACUCUGACAGUUACGAAGCAGAAAAUGGCGUGUCCCCAGGUCACACCCCUUUGGGCUCCCAGAGUCCGAGCCUCACGCUCCCCACGACCUUCCCCCAGGGCCAGAGAAGAGAGUCCUUCCUGUACCGCUCCGACUCGGACUACGACAUGUCCCCCAAGACGGUCUCACGGAACUCCUCCCUCGCCAGCGAAGGGCAUACUGCAGAAGAUUUUAUUGUCACACCUUUUGCCCAAGUAUUGGCUAGUCUGCGAUCGGUACGGAGCAAUUUCACCAUCCUUGCCAACGUCUCCACACCGACCGUCAAGAGGUCUCCUUUGGGUGGAGUGUGCGUCAGUCCUAGGGCGACACUAUCAGACCAGCAGUACCAGCAGCUCGCUCUGGACACACUGGAGGAGCUGGACUGGUGCUUAGACCAGCUGGAGACCAUCCAGACACACCGCUCUGUCAGCGAGAUGGCUUCCAACAAGUUUAAGAGGAUGCUGAACAGAGAGCUCUCUCACCUGUCAGAGAUGAGUCGCUCCGGGAACCAGGUGUCUGAGUACAUCUCCAGCACCUUCAUGGACAAGCAGAAUGAGGUGGAAAUCCCGUCUCCCACUCUGAAAGAUAAAUCCAUGAGUCACAUCAGCGGAGUGAGGAAACUGUCUCACAGCUCCAGCCUCUCCAGCGCUUCCAUGCCUCGCUUCGGCGUCAACACGGACCACGAGGAUGAGCUUGCCAAGGAGCUGGAGGAUCUGGACAAGUGGAGUUUUAACAUAUUCAGAGUAGCAGAGUUUUCCAACAACAGACCUCUCAGCUGCAUCAUGUACGCCAUCUUCCAGGAGCGAGAGCUGUUGAAGACAUUUCGUAUCCCAGUCGACACCUUUGUCACUUACGUGAUGACCCUGGAGGACCAUUACCAUGGAAACGUAGCGUACCACAACAGCCUCCAUGCUGCAGAUGUCACCCAGUCCACACAUGUUCUUCUCUCCACACCUGCUCUUGAUGCUGUCUUCACUGACCUGGAAAUCCUCGCCGCUCUAUUUGCUGCAGCCAUCCACGAUGUAGACCAUCCCGGAGUUUCCAAUCAGUUCCUCAUCAACACCAACUCAGAGCUGGCCCUAAUGUAUAACGACGAGUCAGUAUUGGAGAACCACCACCUCGCCGUGGGCUUCAAGCUUUUGCACCAAGAAAACUGUGACAUUUUCCAGAACCUUACCAAGCGGCAGCGCCAGAGCCUUCGCAAGCUCGUCAUCGAUAUGGUGUUGGCCACAGACAUGUCCAAACACAUGACACUGCUGGCUGAUUUAAAGACAAUGGUGGAGACCAAGAAGGUGACAAGUUCUGGCGUGCUACUUCUGGACCACUAUACAGAACGAAUACAGGUACUGAGGAACAUGGUGCACUGUGCAGACCUGAGCAACCCCACCAAGCACUUACCUUUAUACAGACAGUGGACAGAGCGGAUCAUGGAGGAGUUCUUUCGGCAGGGCGACAAAGAACGCGAGAGAGGGAUGGAGAUCAGCGCCAUGUGUGACAAACACACUGCGUCUGUGGAGAAAAGUCAGGUGGGCUUCAUCGACUACAUCGUCCACCCGCUGUGGGAAACGUGGGCCGACCUGGUUCAUCCAGAUGCUCAGGAGCUGCUGGACACGCUGGAAGAGAACAGGGAGUGGUACCUGAACACCAUGCCCCAGUCUCCCUCGCCUCCUCCAGAUAGACACCUCCAGCAUGACCGCUUCCAGUUUGAGAUCACUAUUGAGGACCUAGAGCAAAACAACCACAACCACAUACACAUGAGAAACAGCAGCGGGAGGAGUGGCCGGAAAGCCAUCUGUGAUAACAACGACGAGGACUUAAUGCAGGACGGCCAGGUGGAGGCAAACGGAGAGGAGCAGAAUCAUGCAGAAGAUGACAAAGAUGAGCAGGAAAAUCACAACAGUGAACAGAAUGGAGUCCAGGAGGAAGAGGAGGAGGAGGAGGAGGAGGAGGAGCAGGAAGAGAAAGAGGCAGAGGAGGUGCAGGAAGAAGGGCAAUUUGAAGAAGAAGGAGCACAGACAGAGGAAGAAGAAGAAGCCAAUGAUGUAGCACAAGAGGAGGAAACAAAAGGGGAGGAGGAAGCUGAAGAAGAAGAAGGCGAGGAAGGGGGAGAGGAGAAGGGAGACUGCGAGGAAGGUGGAGAAACUGCAUAUGUAGAAGAGGAAAUAGAUGGAGAAAAAGUAGAAGAUGAGAGAGAAGAGGACAUUGAAAAUAAGGAAGCAGAAGUGGAAAAAGAGGAGGCUUUGGAACAGGAGGAGGGGGAUGUUGAAGAGGAUGAGGGGAAAGAGGAGGAAGAAGGAAUUGUGUCUCCUCCUGGGAUCAAACUGGACACCUUUUGCUUGUCAGGCUAA